AUGAUCAGCAGACAAUGGGACUGGCCCACCCAUGCCUUGGAAAUUCUUGCCACAGAGAUGCUCGGCUACAACGUAUGGGUGAACGACGAUGUGAGUGGCUUCCAAACGUUUUCCGCGAGUGAGCCCUUCUACGAAGUCGCUGGAUGCGAGCGAAAUUUGACGGAAUGGCAAUGCGAGGGGCAAGUCUCCAGAACGCAUGUCGCAUUGAAAGCCUACUUGCCGUCUAAUGAAGAAGUACUGGCGAGGCUACAGAGACUGAGGGUUGGUGGUAUUAUGGAUGUACAGGACGAAGCCACAAAUCCCAACUAUGAAGGCUUGAGCAUCUCGCGGAGAUUGGCAGAUAAGGUUCUUCAGGAGUCGGGUUUGCCCUUAGAGUACUUUCGUUCUUAUCAUGCCCGCAACAAAGCGGCAAUUCUGCCUUACUUUGACAAGAUUCAAGAUGUCAAUGAUUCAGAUCUGGCACCGUGUGCCACCUGGAGCCUUUGGCCCGUGUUUACGAACAGAAUGGAAGCAUAUCUGCAGAUCACUGGAGACGCAGAUGGCGUUACAGUGGAGGCUGAGGGUGGGACCCAAAGCAUCAAGCCGCGAUGCCACGAAAGCCGGUGGUGGUUGGCUCCCACAUGCCGUGAGAAUUCAACAGAAUGCAUUCCGUGCUUGCUCUAUGACUACUUUGGCUUUCCCUGGAACAUUGAAGAAGUCAUGCAGAAAGCCACAGUCUGGGAAAUGCCCUUGGCAAUCGGGGCAGCAUUGGCUGACUUCACUUCUUUCACUGGUUCCUACUUCCGUCUUCCGUUGACGCAUGAUGUGGUGUUUGUGAAGUCAUAUCCAAACCUGGAAAACAUGCCCCCAGUGGCCGCAAUGCAAAUCUUAUUUCCACGCCACAGUGCCAGAGAAUGGCAGAGGGGACUAGCAUCCAGCAUGGCCGCCACCUGGUCACACUCAAUGCUAUCACACAAGGAUCUUGGGGAAUGGGCACCAGAUGUUCAAGAGCUUCUUCGGCGGAUGAGGUUUUAUGGAGAGGACUAUGAGUACGUAAACAUCGGGAUGUCCAGCCGAGUGGAGCAGGGCCAAGCUACGUGGCCGGGCUUGGCUUGCGAGUGGCUCCAGAACAACACAGACGUGUGGAAAGCCUGGGUGCCAGAUGUUACGAGCUGCUUCCCUGGCCACGGCUUGUUUGGCAACGGGACUUUCGUCAGUUCCCGCGACAAUGCCACUACAUGUCGACCCUGUCCACCGGGAAGUUAUUCAGCUCCGUUCUACGACUAUGCGGACACUGCCCAAUGCCAGUCCUGUUCACAAGGAUAUUGGCAAAGCUCAUAUGGGGCCGUGACAUGCAGCCCUUGCUCAACAGGUAAGUUUGCCAAUGACACUGGCUCGACAUUGUGCAAUGAUUGCGCUCAGGGCCAGUACCAGCCGGCAACCUCAUCUAGUUCCUGCGAGGUAUGCGACAUCUUGCAAACAACAAGCAUCCGUGGUGCCACCGAGCGGAGCGAAUGCAUCUGCAAAGCUGGUUCCUUUCCGGGAGCCUCGGGAUGUGAACUUUGUUCCACGGGGCUCCGGUGCCAGGGAGGCGACAUCCCGCUUCGUCAAGAAGAGGGCUUCUGGGUGGAGGUCGGCGCCGAGGGCAGUCUCUCCGUUUACCGAUGCCAGGAUUACAGACACUGUCCAGAAGGCACUCCUGGAAGCUGCGCGAGCCAACGUGUCGGUCGAGCUUGUGCUGUUUGCCGCCUCGGGUACUGGGCAGGUCAUGACGAGACUUGCAGACCGUGUGAGACCCUCUUGACGGUGUAUGUGUUGGUCGUGGCAGCACUCGUCCUUUCUGUCAGCUUGGCCCCCUUUGCGGCAUUCUUGUCAUGCAGCAGCCUCAGUACCAGGAAGACCCUUGCUGGCGUUGCAAUAGCUACGGCCAUGGCUGGUCAGACAGCCAUCGCGUUUCAGGCAUUGCAGGCGAUCAGUCAGCUGAACAUUCAAUGGGUGCAACCUGUCAAAGAAUUUCUUCGGGUACUGUCCAUGGUGUUCCAUGGCUUCCAAACAGGUGUCACGUGCUUUGUCGAGGGGACAACCUUCACAACAUGGUCCUUUGCUUUGCAACUAUUGGCAUUCCCUGCUUUUGUUGUUCUGACCAGCCUGCCAGCAGUCGCGGUGAAAAUUGGGAGAGGCAUCAACGUAUUCAUUGGCCUUUUCCACAUCUACGGCCUAAUCCUUGUGGCUCUCUUGACAGCGAUCUCAAUUGCUGUAGUCAUGCCCCUGAAGUGCAUGAAGAACCCCAAUCUCACCUACACUCUGGAGGCCCACCCGCAGGUGAUAUGCUGGAAUUCGCAAGAGCACGAGGUGCUUGUAAUACUCUCGGUGAUCGGCGUUUUGGCAUACCCUGUGACCAUCCUGAGCUUGUUGCUAUGGGCUACUUACAAGUAUCCUCGAUGGCUUCGCUCGGACAGAGGAGUUGAAACUUUGCACCGUUAUGACUUCUUGUUUGGCCGCUUGGCAACGCCGUUGCUGGACUUGGAGGACAAUGGCACUGAUACCCAGCUCUCGGUUCUACUGGUGAUAAUAUUUCUUGGCUUGCCAGUGUGCUUCGUGGGGGCUGCCAUUUGUGCGGUCUUAUCCAAGCGCAAAGGAUCAAACAGGUACACGUUAUUCCUGUCUCAUCACAAGGCAUCCACGUGUACGCUUUGUCGUUACAUCAAGGUGGUGGUUGCAAAGCUGGCACCGGCCUUUCAUGUGUUUUAUGAUGCAGACAACCUUCGCGAUUUGGAUUCGUUGUUUAGCACUGUGAAGAACGACGUGGACUUUUUUUUGGCAGUACUGAGUGCCAACGUGUUCAGCAGCUUCUGGUGCAUUGCUGAAAUGACUACAGCAUUCGCAAACAAA